AUGCUUCUCCGUCUUUCCAGCCUGGCGCUCCUGGCGUCCACGCUGCACUCCUGCGCUGGGUUCGAGUACAACACCUUUGAUGGCCCGGGCUUCCCCUCUUGCCACAAUGUCAUCGCGGUGCACAAUGCCACCAGCGUCGACGAGAUGGUCUCUCUCGUGAAGGAUGCUGCCAGCACCGGCCAGCGUGUGCGCGCCGCCGGCAAGGGCCACAUGUGGUAUGACACGCAGUGCAGCGAUGCGCCCACCGUCCUCAUCCGGACCGAGGACGUCAACGGCAUCUACGACUUCGACCUUGAGGCAGGGCACGUCACCAUCGAGGCUGGUGUGACCUUCUUCCAGCUGGCCGAGUACCUGCACCAGCGGGGAGCGAGCGUCAACUAUGCCCUCGUCAACUGGAACAUCAGCUUGGGUGGUAGUAUCGCCAUGGGCGCGCACCGCUCGUCCAUCAGGGAGGACUCGAUGGUUGCCUCUGCUGCCAUGGCUCUGGACAUCAUCGACGGCACCGGCACCAUCCGCACCGUCGAGCGCGAUGAGAGCAACGACGACUGGCUUGCUGCGUCCACCUCCCUUGGCCUGCUGGGCAUCAUCGCGCGGAUCAAGCUCAAGAUCUACCCCGACACCAAGGUGUACUCCAUGCAGAAGAUCCUCAGCGAAGAUGAAGUCCUCAACGGUGACAUCUACGGCCUGAUCGCCCCCUACGCCACGGCCAACCUCUGGUGGUGGCCGUACAUGAGGAAGUUCCACCAGCGGUACUACGACGUCGUGCCCACCAACCAGAGCGACCAGGAGGGCUUCCAGUCCACCUUCUCCGUCACCGAGUUCGAGGGCAACACGGCCCGCACCCUGCUCGACAGCGGCAAGUACCUGCCGACCUCCAACAUGGCGGCCGAGACGCUCUUCUUCGGCCUCUGGUCGCUGCCCAACUUCCACGACAAGAAGACCGACAAGGCCAUCCUCAAGUGGCCCGUCUACGGCUGGAACUACGACGUCCUGAUCGGCGGGCUCUACCCGAACCAGAAGCCCGAGUGGGACUACGGCCUGCACGGCUACACCCUCGAGCUCGCCUUCCCCGUCACCAUGGCCAACGACAUGCUCAAGCGCGUGCGCUCGCUCUUCGACGCCGAGCUCAAGAAGGGCAUCGUCAUGACGUCGACCUACCGCAGCGGCAUCAACAUCAAGUUCGGCAAGGCGUACAACGACCUGCUGGGCCAGGUGCACAACUCGACGCACGGCGGCGCCGACUGGUCCAAGGGGGCCAUCAUGUUCGACUUCCCCUCGUAUGCCCCGACCAUCGGCGACAAGAAGCGCUUCAACGAGAACUUUUACAUCAACCUGGCAAACACCCUGAUCGACGAGUUCCCGUGCCGCCCGCAUUGGACCAAGAACACCCGGGACGUGUUCACCCGCGCCGCGAAGAACUUUGACCCUCAGAACAUCUCCCGUUUCAAGGCGGUGCGUGAGAAGUUUGACCCCAAGGGUAUCUUCAGGAGCGUCGUCGGAGAGAUCAUCGGCGUGUACUAA